AAACAAUGUGAGGAAAGGGGCUCUUGUGUUCUAUUCGUGGCUUACAAAGUCAUGUGUAAACUGUUGCAUAUUCUGAAAGACUAUUACUGGCACUUGCAACAUUUCCAGCAGGGAGUAAAACCAUUAACGCAAAUUUCUCUGGCCUCUGCCGUGUCCACAUGCUGCUUAUUUUAUUGUCUGGCCUUGCACUGAUUUCAGGUGAAAGUUAGAUCACUGCCAUCUGGAAAAUAUUUUCACAAAGAAAGAAGAAAGAAGUGAUGUUCAGUCAGAAAACAAGUUUGAUCAUGUGGCGGCUCUGCUUGAAGUCCAUCCACAUUUGAUUCCCUGGCUGGUUUCUUCACUUCAUGAAAAAAAGAGUGCUUUAAAAGGUUGACCGAGAGAAACUGUGAGAGGGAGAAAGUGAUUUAGGGAGUCAGGGAAGGCAAGCAUUUCCCGUAAUCACAUCAUGAAGGCGGCGUUGUCCUCUUCCUGUUUUCUCUUGUGUCUCAGACACAGUCCAGGUGACAUGAACAGUGAACGCAGUGGAUCUCCUCUGUCGUUGCAGACACAGGGACAUCACUCUGCUUCGUCCAAGCCUCAAACUCUCUGUUGGAUGUCUGAGGGAGACAUCACAGUGCUGCCAAUCGGACCUGCGUCUCUGGACCUGUCUAGGCAGGAGCACCGGACACUGACCAGACUGUACAGCCAGAACGGAGCAUAUCACCUGAGGAUUUUAUCAGAUGGAACUGUGAGUGGUGGCAGGCAGGAAAAUGACCCUUAUGACAUCCUGAGGCUGAAGGCUGUGAGCGUAGGAGUGGUGGUCAUCAAGGGCGAGAUGACAGGAAGGUACCUGGCCAUGAACAAAAAGGGACACCUCUACGGAUCACAAGCACUCAAUGAUGAGUGUUACUUUCUGGAGAAGUAUGAAGAAAACCACUACAACACAUAUUGCUCUCAGAAGUACAACUGGUAUGUGGGGCUGAAGAGGAACGGCCAACCCAAAGCAGGACCAGACACCCACCAGGGUCAGAAGGCCAUCUUUUUCCUGCCAAGGCCUGCGGGCAACAUGUAAACCAAGACGGCACCAGGAACCGUGGAUACGCUCACUGAAGUCUUUAAAUGCACAUUAAUAGUGCAAUUUUUACGCCGGUCAAAGUAUCACAUUUAAAGGUCACUUAAAAUCACUACAACAGUGUGGUAUAGCCUGAGGCAAACACAUAGUGCUGUUUUUGCUGUUAGUUCAAGCUCUGUUUCAAUGUUAAUACCCUACAUGUUUUUUCAUUCCUCUUGUUAAUGCAAUGAAUAUGUGAUUCCAGCUCAUGUAAGCAGCUUAUACUGUAUAUGAUCAUCACAGGGACAUAUCCAGACUGCUUUUUGCCUAUAAUCACAUAUACACCCUCUCACUGCAGACAGAAAAUGUGUGCAGUAUGAGUGCAUGUCAGCCUUGAUAAAUGGCCGUUCACUUUGAACCCUAGUAUGAAAUACCACUGCUGGAAGACAGGAACAGGCCGCUUUUACACAUAAAUAGUUUUACAAUUGAUCACGUCUGGCACAAAAGAAACCAACCAGGCAGUAAACAUAAAAGAGCCGACCAUCUGGCAUUGAAUUCAAACUCAAGCAAACAAAGUCUACAGUGAAGGGAAUAAUAGUAGUAUUAUAAGUAUUUCAAUGCCCUGCUUAACAGUACUUCAGGAUGGAAUGGUGAGGUGGAUCUAUGCUGACUUUUGAAUGACUGAUGAUCUUAUUAAUAUCUACUUUUACUCUGCUCAAGCCUGUUUGAUGCCUGUUUUUGUAAUUACUUGUGUUCUUUGUGAAAUGUUAGGAAUUUUAAGGACCAGUGUGUAGGAUUUUUUGGCAUCUAGCUGUGAGUUUGCAGAUUGCAACCAACUGAAUACCCUUUCCCUCACCCCUUGCUUUUCAAGCCUGUAGUAGAACUUAUAGUGGCCUUCAGGUAAUGUAAAAACAUGAAAGGCCUUUUUUAGAGCCAGUGUUUGGUUUGUCCUUUCUGGGAUACUGUAGAAACAUUAUGGUGCAACAUGGCGGGCUCUGUGGAAGAGGACCCACUUCAUAUCUCCAUAUAGAUAUGAAGGGCUCAUUCUAUGCUAACGAAAACACAAUUCUUAGUUUCAGGUGAUUAUACACUAAUGAAAACAUAAAUAUGACUAAUAUAUUCCAUUUCUGCCAAUAUAUCCCCCUAAAUCCUACACACUGGUCCCUUAAAGGGCCAUUUAAUGAAAGCAGACAACUGCAAAAAAACAGACAAAAAUUUGAAACUGUUUUGAAAAUCAGCACCCUUGUAGGGUUAGCCUGACAAAAGUGAAAAAAAUUGUAUGAUUGUAUAAUUGUGUUGUAAUUAUGUGCCUAGGUCAGCUGACAGUACUUGUUUCAGUAAUGUGAGGUUAUUAUUGAUAUCUUGGUGACACCAAAAGCUCAAUUGUGGAUUGGUUGAGGCAAUGAUGGACCAAAUAUUGACCAUUCUAUUCUGGACCACAAAAGUCACAAAAUGUUUCCUUUCACUAAGCAAAAUGGCUCAGCUUCACAACCCCACAGAUAUCUCUGUAAACAUACUUUAGUUGAAACACAUGUUACUGUAAUACUGCUACUAGGAUAAAAUACUAUUGUGAAUAUUUAUUUAUAAAGUUUUAUUGCUAGUAAAAUUAAAUUUUGCUGAAAACUGCAAUGGACAUAUUUGAAAUAAUUUAUACAUACAUACUGAAGGAGAAAAAAGGUAAUGUGAUCAUCUUUUUACAAAGUAAUACAUAUUGUAUUAAGUGUACUUAAAUGUAUGAAACGCUGCAUUAUUAUCCAUAAAAAUAAAUAGUAUGUUUGAUUUGCUGUAA